AUGUUUGAUCCUUCGGACCAAGGCACACCUUACACUGCCAUCAAAGGUGUUAUGCAUCUCAUAUAUGCCAUUCAAAAUAGUCCAGACCCUGGGACUGGGAUUAUUCCAUUGGUAGAGUACGCUAAAAACCUCCUUGGACCCAAAAUUCCUGAUUCUAUUAUCUACUGGAAUCUCGGAAACCAGAACGGGUUGUUUGGAGGUUAUCCGAGUAGAUGGGACAUCGCUCCAAGUAUUGCAUUUGCUGUGAUAUUCUUUAUAUUGGCAGUUAUGCAUCUAGUUAUAUUUGGCAUAAACUUUUCUAGGGGCCACUAUUUCUGGAUAACAUUCAUUUGGGGUCUCAACGCUUGUAUGAAAGUAAUGGGCUUUUCUAUGAGAGCCUAUUGGUCCUACGACAUCACCAGGGUCAAGCUAGGUUUGGCCAGUGAAGUUUUCUGUAUCAUUCCUUUUGUCAUUAUGGUGUCCUUCAACUUGAUCUUGGCUCAGAGACUCUUCACAUGGAGACAUCCUGUCGGUGGUAGUCGUUGGCUCUUCUGGAAUUUUAUGUUCGCGUUGUAUGGUUUCGUGUGUAUUCUUCUCGUGGUCACAAUUAUCGCUUCUUUCUUCCCAUAUUUGUACUUCUUGUCUUAUCGUGCUUACUUUCAGUACCAACAAGUGGUCAUGGCAACGUGUAUUUUGAUUAUUGCCUACAGUUUGACAUCUAUUGCUUUGAUUGCUUUAUCCUACUGGGCACCAACCAAGAAGGAUGAAAACUUAUACACCUAUCAACCAUGGUGGAUUGAAAGCUUCCAUCCAUUUUACUUUGUCCAGCCUUUCGCUGCCCAAAAGGCAGAGGAAACGUUUAUGAAAAGAAACCACAAUCAUCGUCACGCUGUCAGAGUUAUUGCUUCUACCCAUCAUCAUUAUAAUGUGGUUGAAGGUUUGAACAAUCAGAGAGGUGACUUGAAGCAUAACAAGUCCAUUCUUAUCCUUUGUGCCUCCACUUUACUUAUUUUUGUCGGUACUAUUCUUAGGACGAUUGUGGUAUUCCAAGCAAAGCCCAUUCGGUUGGAUAAGACAGUUACAAAGCCAGUUGUGAUGUAUAUUGUGUGGGGUUUAUUUGAAGUUUUCGUCAAUUUGUUGUACCUUGUAGGUAGAGUUGACUUAAGAUUCUAUAGGCCAGAUAAUUUACCACCUAAAGUCAGGGCCAUCAUCACUGCAGAACAGACAUACUACCCAUCUGAAGAUGAAGAUGAGGAUGAAAGGGCAUCAUUUGAUGAAGACUAUGAAGCUGGCCCUCAAAGUCUAUCCAGCGAUGGCUACAAGUUUAACAAUAAUGUCAGCGGGAGCAAACCACCCUACCCGUACGAGGAAAAGAAAGAAAAGGAUGAUAAUGAAUCCGAGUUUAACUUCUGA